AUGGUUUUUUACCCGAGUGGACGGCCUGAUGACCGCCACUACCCACCCUGGCCGACACCUACAGAUGAUGAGGGCGAGUAUUCCGAAACUUCCUCCUUUGUGAACAAGCAACCUUUGGAGACGUCUACCGCAUAUCUCGAGGAGCCCACCGCAACAUCGACCGAGGCACCCAGUCCGAUAUAUUCCUAUCCAUCGAACAUGUCAAAUGGGCCGCCAGUCAAACCGAAUUAUGGAAGACCAUACACUGAACGCCCCUGGACUUCAGGUGGUGAUGAUGGCCGUGAUCCACCCUCAACAACGACAACGCUCCUUACAAAGACUACAGCUUCUUGGGGUCAGAACGGCGCUCAGACUUCUCAUGUGUUGACAACCCCGGCGCUGGUACCAACAGGAGAUACGUCGUCACCAGCGCCCACACAUGAUGGUUUUCCUGAUUUGCAGAAUCACGGAACUGACAACGGCCCUGACCGAACACCCAUGUACGCUGCUGCCGGUGUGACGCCGGUCGUGGUGAUGGCAUUAGGGUUCAUCGUGUUUUACUGUAUACGCAAACGAAGACGGCAAAGGCAAGCAGCCAUCACUCAUGGACACGUCGAAGAGAUGAAGAUGCAACAGAAGCCUAUCGUGUUUCCCUACAUUGCACCCCCGUCCCCGCCGCCAGCUAUUCUUCCACAGUACUCUCCUCCAUCUCCGUCAUCGAGACAGCCUCCAUCUCCGUCAUCGAGACAGCCUCCAUCUCCGUCAUCGAGACAUCCUCCAACUGCGAGCUCGUCACAGCCCGUCAUCCUGGGACCCAUUCCAACUGGUAACAACGGUGCAUACUUGACGGGUAUGGACACUUCCGAUCUCGUGUCUAUGACUUCAGCAAGCAACAUCAGCAGAAUGGGCACAAUAGUGGAUCGAGAUCCCUUCGCAGAUGGCAGGAGCCUAGAAGAAGCGCCGCCAGCGUAUCGACCUAGCAGCCUUCCGCCAGCAAGUCUCGCAUCUAUUUCGCGCAACAGCAGCGUUCGGAUAGCUGGACGCCUACCGACGAUGUCACAAACACAUCUCAUCGAACGCUCACCCUUUGACGAUCCUGAAGACGACGAAAUCUCAGAGCUGUCUGGGCCGACCCUGGGGAGAGAUGCCGAUGCCAUGUCUGAUAUUUCAGAACUCUCGUACCAAAUUGAGCCCGUCGUCGGCAGGUCUCCCUUCUGA